UCCCUCCUCCAGAAACUGCCCACCUGGUGCUGCUAUCCAACAUGGCAAACCCCACGCUGGUCAAUGGCAGCUCGGGCAACCAGUCUGUGCAUCUGAUCACAUCAACCCACAACCGCUAUGAGACAGUGGAGAUGGUAUUCAUCGCCACGGUGACAGGCUCGCUGAGUCUGGUGACGGUGGUAGGCAACAUCCUGGUGAUGCUGUCCAUUAAGGUCAACAGGCAGUUGCAGACAGUCAACAACUACUUCCUCUUCAGCCUGGCAUGUGCUGACCUCAUCAUAGGCGCUUUCUCCAUGAACCUCUACACCGUGUACAUCAUCAAGGGCUACUGGCCUCUGGGCGCUGUGGUCUGUGACCUGUGGCUGGCCCUGGACUAUGUGGUGAGCAAUGCCUCUGUGAUGAACCUUCUCAUUAUCAGCUUUGACCGGUAUUUCUGCGUCACCAAGCCCCUCACUUACCCAGCCCGGCGUACCACCAAGAUGGCAGGCCUCAUGAUCGCUGCCGCCUGGGUCCUGUCCUUCGUGCUCUGGGCGCCUGCCAUCUUGUUCUGGCAGUUUGUGGUGGGCAAGCGGACAGUUCCUGACAACCAGUGCUUCAUCCAGUUCCUGUCCAACCCGGCGGUGACCUUCGGCACAGCCAUCGCUGCCUUCUACCUGCCCGUGGUCAUCAUGACGGUGCUCUACAUUCACAUCUCCCUGGCCAGCCGCAGCCGCGUUCACAAGCACCGGCCCGAAGGCCCGAAGGAGAAGAAGGCCAAGACUCUGGCCUUCCUCCAAAGCCCCCUGAUGAAGCAGAGCGUCAAGAAGCCCCCGCCCAGAGAAGCUGCUCGAGAGGAGCGCAACGGGAAGCUGGAGGAGGCUCCUCCGCCUGUCCUGCCACCCCCGCCACGCCCCGUGGCCGACAAGGACACUUCCAACGAUUCCAGCUCAGGCAGUGCCACCCAGAACACCAAGGAACGACCACUCACAGAGCUGUCAACCACAGAGGCCACCACACCUUCCACGCCCGUGCCUCGCCUACAGCCACGAGCCCUCAACCCAGCCUCUAAAUGGUCCAAGAUCCAGAUUGUGACGAAGCAGACAGGCAACGAGUGUGUGACAGCCAUCGAGAUUGUGCCUGCUACGCCAGCUGGCAUGCGUCCAGCAGCCAACGUGGCCCGGAAAUUUGCCAGCAUCGCCCGCAACCAGGUACGCAAGAAGCGGCAGAUGGCAGCCCGGGAGCGCAAGGUGACACGGACCAUCUUUGCCAUUCUGUUGGCCUUCAUUCUCACCUGGACGCCCUACAACGUUAUGGUCUUGGUAAACACCUUCUGCCAGAGCUGCGUCCCUGAGACAGUGUGGUUCAUUGGCUACUGGCUCUGCUAUGUCAACAGCACCAUCAACCCUGCCUGCUACGCCCUCUGCAAUGCUACCUUCAAAAAGACUUUCAAGCACCUGCUGCUAUGCCAGUAUCGGAACAUUGGCACUGCCAGGUAGGCAGGCAGGGGUGC